CGAUGCAACGUUGAAACCAGCAGGCUACUGAAGUAUCCAAUAAUGUUUCCCGCUAAAAGCUCCAUUCUGUGAUAACCGUCUGUUAUUGGCCAUGCCAGCAUACUACGCAGUGCGCAUUGGCCGCGAAGGCCCAAAAAUUUAUUCGAACUUCCGAGAUUUCCAGAAGGCAACUCUCGGUCUUAGUGGUUCCAGCGGAAAAGGUUUCGACACUUUGGAGGAAGCGGAAGCUUGGCUCACAGACGUACCCACAUCUGGUGUUUCUGUAACUCGAACGACUACUACAGUUACGUGGGAUGUAAGCACUGAACGAUCGGAAGGAUCUAGUUCCUUGACAUCUACAAGCACGACGAUCUCUUAUGGAGCAAGACGGUAUCCAGAACAUCAGCCGGGUUGUCGUUGGGUAGAGUAUGAAUCACCCCUGAACAGGCCACUGGCAAGACCACAUAGCGACAGGCUCACGCCUCCUCCGCCUUAUAUCCCUUUGCAAGAACCUCAACUACCCCCACCACUUCCAUCGCAGCCAGCCGUUGACCUUUCUGAAGAGCAGAAACGAGUUCUUCGCCUGGUUCAAAAUGGCAAAAACAUCUUUUUCACAGGUCCAGCUGGUAAGCUUGCAUGGCUGCUGAUCUUCAAGAUAAGUGGUCAACGCACUAUUUUUCCAGGAACCGGAAAAUCAGUUUUGUUGAGAGCCAUUAUAGAAUUGCUGCGAGUUCGGUUCCGUGGGGGGGUUGCUAUCACUGCACCUACAGGCAUAGCAGGUGUGAACAUCGGGGGUUCAACAAUUCACUCCUGGGCAGGCAUAGGGUUGGGCAAGGAAAGUGUCGAGACGUUGGAGGGCAGCCUGGGUUCAUGGGCAAGAAAACGAUGGCAAAAUACUCAUGCCCUUGUAAUUGAUGAAAUUUCAAUGCUGGACGGGCGUUUAUUUGACAAGCUCGUACGAUUUAACGCCUGCACCACGUCUUUAUCCUACUAAUUCAUCGGUAGGAAGAGAUAGGUCGGAUUGUCCGGGGAAACCAUCGCCCUUUUGGAGGUAUACAGCUUAUUCUGUCAGGUGAU